AUGUAUUCUGUGGCGCGCGGAGCACGGCCGUCGGAUGGCUCGACGUCCACCACCCAGAAUGAACGCAACUCACAAUCUCAGACUAGAGCGCCGGAGUCGGCAGAAGCUACUGAGACAGUAGUUUUCAACAAGUCCGAUUUGUCGCCCAGCAAGACCCCACCCGUCGAUCCCUCCGAUUACGAACCCCGAAAAUGCUGGAUCUGCUAUACGGAUGAGACGGAGGAUUCACCACUGAACGCAGAAUGGCGCUCGCCGUGUCCCUGUGCCUUGACGGCUCACGAGGCCUGCCUCCUCGACUGGUUAGCUGAUAUGGAGAACCCGCGGUCUCGUCGGCGCAACGAUGGCGGAGCAAAGAUGAUGUGCCCGCAGUGCAAGACGGAGAUUGUGGUUUCGCGUCCGCGAAGUUAUAUUGUGGAUGUUAUGCGGCUGGUAGAACGAAUCGCGGGUCGAAUGGUUCUCCCUGGUAUGGUGUUUACGAUGGCAGGUACCGUCUGGGCUGGAUGUUGUGCACAUGGGGUGUACUCGAUGUAUUUUGUGUUUGGACCGGAGGACGCACGGCAGAUCCUUGAGGAGACCGCAGAGGCGGGGUGGAAUCCAGGAUUAGGCCUCGGGUUGCCCCUCAUACCAUUAGCGUUGAUCUUUUCGCGAACCCGCUAUGCUGAAGGACUUCUUCCCGCUAUUCCUGUCCUCUUCUUCGCCAGCCAGCACCCCGGUCAUGAAUCUGCUCUUGAGUUCUGGCCGCCCACUCCGGCUAUGACCUUUGCGGCACUGCCGUACGUGAACAGCUUUUACAGUGCGCUUUAUGAGAAACUCUUUGGCCGACUGGAACGAAAGUGGAUUUCCGAGGUACAACCACGUACUGUGGAUAACGUCAACGAAUUUGACGACAAUGCGCCGCCACAAGAGCAAGCGGAGGCGGAUCAGAGGGCACGCGAUGCCAGGGAUGGUCAUGUAGUGAUCAACCUCGAGUUACAAAUGGGCAUGGGCGGAGAUGAACCGGCAGCACCGGAAGAAAACCAGCAAAACGAGGAGGGUGACCAAGAUGACCAACUGCUUGGCCGGCGGCAAGGUGACAUUAUUCAUGAAACCAGCAAUAUCGCCGAUGUCGUCCUCGGAGCACUCGUAUUCCCGGCAAUAUCUGCAUCUAUGGGAGGACUCCUUAAGUACGUUCUGCCGAAAUCGUGGACUACGACUCCAUACUCGCUUUUCGAACGUGGCAGGCCGGGGCUACUGCAGACCCGGUGGGGAAGGAGUGUGGUUGGUGGGUGCGCGUUUGUCCUGUUGAAGGAUGUGUUGCUUCUUUACUGCCGAUGGAAAUUGUCCCAGACCCAUCGUAAGCGUAAGGUGUUGAAUUACGAUAAAAGCAAGGGCAGACGAUAA